CAUCAUCACCACCGAUUACCCAAUCAGCAACCGCCCAACAAACUACAGCGAACAUCGUACAGCCAAGAUUCGGCAGAGGAGGACGAUCACGGACCACCAAGUGUGGUUGGGCAGCCAGGAAUGCCGCAGCCGGCAUCAAGACCCAAGGGUCCUAAGCUCAAAUUCACGCCAGAAGACGAUGCGUUGUUGGUGGAGCUCAAAGAAACGAAGAAUCUCACGUGGAAACAAAUUGCGGACUUCUUCCCAGGCAGGAGCUCGGGCACUUUACAAGUGCGAUACUGCACCAAACUCAAAGCGAAGACGACUGUUUGGACAGAUGAAAUGGCCCAACGUCUCAAGGUUGCGAUGCAAGAGUACGAUAAUGAUCGAUGGCGUAUCAUCUCCGGCAAAGUGGGCAACGGCUUUUCAGCAUCAGCAUGCAAAGAGAAAGCUCUUGAAAUC